UCCGCCCCAAGACUGAGAACGAGGAAACCACGGGUCAAUUCCUGGGCAGACUGGAAACCGGCAGAAGUUUACCAUCGAACAAGCAACUCUCUUUUGCUGCCAGCCACACCACAUGGCCCGUCUAUGGUAAAGAACAGACCGCUGUUCUCUACAGACUACAAGCUUCUGAAAGGUGGUCUGAUGAGGCGUCGACGGACCGCUCCUACGUCCAUAAUAAGAAUUCAGGAAUCAGGACAGCUCGCUAACACUCCAGGUGCUGCGGUCAGUUCUGGCACGAGGAUACCCAAGUGGUUAUCUACUGCGUUCAAAACUACGAAUACGCCGUUACUGUACUACGAUCUACUGCAUACGGAUGAAGUAUGGAUGCGGACGGCUCCUUGGCAUCUGUAG